AUACCAAGAAAUGUUUUAGGCAAUGUGCGGGUGGUAGUUUUGGACUACAGCUUCCCUAAGUCCCAUUCAACCUGGUCAUUGAGUAGAGAUGAUGGACUUUGUAGUCCAAAAUAUAUAAAAGGCACCAUACUGGUUCAGUAUAACAUUGCCUUCAGAAAAGCCUGUAUAACGUGUGCAAGCUUUUACAGCAUUGUAACUGGUUGCUUUCAAUAAGCUUGAAGGUUUCAGCCUUCUACAUGCUUCAGUGUUUUUCCCCUGCAGGAAGCUGCAAUCUUUCCCUUCUUUCCUGAGCUGACAGCAGGCCAUUGACCCGAUUCCUCUGUGCUUUAUGGCCAUUCACUAACUGCAAGACUUCUUGCCAUGGAGCAGCAGUUAAGCCCACACAGUUGUACUCUUGUAAUCUCAUGAACCUUUGAAAGGCCUUGUUUGCUAAUAUUCCUCCUGUUUUCAUAUGUGUGUAUUUACAUGUAUAAGAAUGCUCUGUGCAAAUCUGAUCACCCUAUCUCCUGUUCAUUGCUUAAUGGGGUGUAAUGUGAUCUCCCAUGGGCCAAAGAACUGGAGGGGCCCUGGAUAGAGAAAUAGGUGCCUGCAGCUUUGCAUAAAAGUAGGUGGUGUAGCCACUGGAAGAAAAGUUGUGAAUACAGGAAAUAGUUCAGUAGCUGCCCCUGCCAAUGGCAUAGACCAAGUACUCCUUGUGUAGUUUACUUGUGCCUCUGUUCAACCUCUGACAAAUUACAAAGACACCACAAAAGUGCUGGCUUUCUCCACUAUAGAAACCUCAUAAUACUUGGUCUGUUAGGUGUCUUUGCUAGUGAGCGUAUUGGCUCCCCUACCCUUUCUUCAUUAUCAGCAAAGAGCAACUGUCUGAGUUAAACAAACAGCUUGCAGAUAAAUUGACUUCCAGGUUGCUUGUUCCAAGGCUAGAAUUUUAUGAGCUGUUUUGCCACUGGGCUGUCUUUCCUGGGCUGUAAAUGGAGGGUGUGUGUACAUACUCCUUGGCAGUGACCCCUGCCAUAUCCUGAAACCUGAUUACACACCUGAAGCCUUGGUGCCUUGGUACAGGCUGGGUUAAUGACUUUGUUUAUACUGAUAAGGACAAUUGAGAUAAAAGUAGUCCUCUAGGUCCUGGGUCUCCUGGCCCCGGCUGGCACCUUCAUUGAGAAAACCUUUCUUUGGGCCACGUGAAGAUUCGGUUUCUCCCCAGCCAAUCGGUUCAGGGCAGGCUUGUUUUUCAAUGAGCUGGCCGCUGCUUGUCAAAGGGAGGUCAAGGCUGCUGGAAGGGGUGGUUUCCAAUCAUCCCUUCAGGGGACUUAUAAGUAGAGCUGGGAAAUCGAAGCCACAGAAAAGACAGGAGAGGUGGAGAAGUGACAAAAACACCCCUGUAGCUGGAAGUACAAGAAACCUGUGGGGAAAGCGUUUAUUUUUCAGAUCGUGAUCCUGUACAUUCUGCUCUUACCUGGACAUGGAGUGUGGCCCAUGCCACCAUGAAGAAAACCAAAAUGCCAUCCUUUACACCCUCCUGAGCCAGAACUUGACCCACCAUAGGGGUGACCACAGCCUUUCUCAACAGAGCUGCAUGUGCCACAAGCGCCGCACGGUCUGCCUCCAGACCCCACAAGCCACUUGCCAAGCCGCCUCUGAUGUCUUAAUGAAGACCAUCAGCUUCAUGAAGAACCUGCCUUCCUUCCAGCUCCUGCCUUGGGAAGACCAGCUCCUGCUGCUAGACAGCUGCUGGGCACCUCUCUUUCUUCUGGGGCUGGUCCAGGAGAUGGUGACCUUUGAGGUCAUGGAGACCCCAGCUCCCAGCAUGCUGGAGAGGAUCCUUCUCGAUGGGUCCUGCAAAAGGCAGGCGCCCCAAAGGGCACAGCCCACCCUGGCCAGUGUACAGCGCCUCCAGUGUUGCUUGAACUCUUUCUGGAGCCUGGACCUGAGUCCGAAAGAGUAUGCCUAUCUGAAAGGUGCCAUUCUUUUCAACCCUGACAUACCUGGCCUUAAAGCUUCCUCCUACAUUGAAAGCCUGCAGAAGGAAGCUCAGAGAGCACUCCAAGAAGUCUUGGCGCUUCUCCACCUGGAGGAUCAAGGCCGCUUUGCCCGCAUCUUGCUGAUUUCCUCCUCCUUGAAGUCCAUCCCUCCGGCCCUCAUUACUGACCUGUUCUUUCAGCCGAUCAUUGGCAACACGGACAUUCUCGAACUGCUCUCUGAUAUGUUGCUCAUGAAAUAGCUCCUCUCUGAAGUCCCCCUUCGGAGUAUGCAUCAAACACAUUGCUUUUUGCUCAAUUCCAAGGUGGGGAGAUGGCUGACAUGGACCAUGCAGUGGACGAGGGCAUCCCAACAAGGACUUUGCAGACGGAGGCCAUUGGCUUGACAGAUGAUUUUUGCACAGACUUUCAAAACACAAGACAACACAAAACACAAGAAGGAAAACUGCAUUAAUUCUGCAGUGUGGAGCAACCAAAUUAUAGUAGGGUCUCUCUAUCUUUUGCUGUUUGGCCUUUGAUUUUCAUGCCACUACGAACAGUUACGGUCAGAAACCUUCAUUCCUUUUAUCACUGAAUCUAUUCCACAGCUGAUGAAAUUACUGCCUGUCAUCUUGUGUCAUCCAGUCUAGUAACUUCUCAUCCCUUUAAUUCAUUGUUGUUGUUGUGUGCCUGUGUUUCUGACCUAAGGCAACCCUAUCAUGGGGUUUUCUUCGCAGGUUUCUACAGAGGAGGUUUGCCAUUGCCACCCUCAGAGGAUGUCACCCAGUGGGUUUUAGUGGCCAAGCUGAGAUUCGAACCCUGCUCCUCAGAGUCCAACACUCAAACCACAACAUCUGUCAUAUCAUUAUUGUACCGGCUCCCGAUGUCAUUAUUUUAUGCACACCUCCUUGUGAUUUGUAUGUGAUAAGAUAUGCUAAUUUAUUAUUUUUGUAAGAAAAACACAAAUAAAAAUGUUUUGCAAUGUAA